CGGCCUCUUUUAGCAAAUUCGCUGGCUCUCCAAAUAUCUAAUCGAUCGUUUACUGUCCGCGCAGCCUGCUGCCCCCGGCCGAGAGAGGUGAAUGCUGAGGCCCGCCGUCUUCUCCCCUUCGUUAGCUCUUUAUCAUCCCCAUUGCCUCAUCGCUUCACUUAUCAAUUCCACAAAAGAGAGAAAGAAUUGUGCGAGCCAGCGGCUUAUCACACAACACAGCAAUGAAGGCCCUCCUCUUCUCCUCCCACCCCAAACCCCCCAUCCCCUGCUUCCCCCGCCUCACCCCGCACCACCACCACCACCACCAAGCACCCCUCAAAAUCCUAUACUGCAGAACAAUCUCCGCCGCCGCGUCGGCACCAUCUGCUCCGGCCCGCCACCCUCCUCCGCCGCGGCGCAAAUCGGAACAGGCCAAGAGCAACCCCCCUCGGGCGUCCUCCCUCUACGCCCGGCCCAGCCUCGCCGAGAUGAAGGCCGCCCGCGCCGCCACCCGCGCCCAGGUGUACGACUUCCUCCGCUCCCUCGGCGUCGUCCCCGACGAGCUCGACGGCCUCGAGCUCCCCGCCACCGUCGACGUCAUGCGCGAGCGCGUCGACUUCCUCCGCUCCCUCGGCCUCUCCGUCGCCGACAUCAACGCCUACCCCCUCGUCCUCGGCUGCAGCGUCAAGAAGAACAUGGUCCCCGUCCUCGACUACCUCGGCAAGAUCGGCGUGCGCCGCUCCGCCCUCACCGACUUCCUCCGCCGCUACCCGCAGGUUCUCCACGCCAGCGUCGUCGUCGACCUCGCCCCCGUCGUCAAGUACCUGCAAGGGAUGGACAUCAAGCCCGCCCACGUCCCCCGCGUGCUCGAGCGCUAUCCCGAGCUUCUGGGGUUCAAAUUGGAGGGUACUAUGAGCACGUCAGUGGCUUAUUUAAUAGGGAUCGGAGUGGCGCGGAGAGAGUUGGGCGGCGUUCUCACCCGCUAUCCGGAAGUUCUGGGUAUGCGGGUGGGGAGGGUGAUCAAGCCUUUCGUCGAGCACCUUGAGGGCAUCGGUUUGCCGACGCUCGCCGUCGCGAGAUUGAUCGAGAAAAGGCCGCACAUUCUAGGGUUCAGCUUGGAAGAUCAAGUGAAGCCCAAUGUGGGGGCUCUCGUCGAGUUUGGCAUAAAAGAGGAGUCUUUAGCUUCUGUGGUGGCGCAGUAUCCGGAUAUAUUAGGAAUGGAGCUGAGGGCUAAGCUUGCCGCACAGCAGAGCUUGUUCGAAUCGAGCGUUCUCGUGGAUCGUGAUGAAUUCGGGAGGGUGAUCGAGAAGAUGCCUCAGGCUGUUAGUCUCAGCCGCUCCGCCAUAUUGAAGCAUGUUGAGUUCUUGAAAAGCUGUGGGUUUUUGUUGAAGCAGGUGAGUAAGAUGGUUAUCGGGUGUCCGCAGUUGCUUGCUUUGAAUCUGGAUAUUAUGAAGAUGAGCUUCGAGUAUUUCCAUAGUGAGAUGGAUAGGGAUUUAGAGGAACUGGUCGAUUUCCCUGCUUUCUUUACGUACGGUCUGGAGUCCACAAUACGACCCAGGAAUCAGAUGAUAGUCAAGAAGGGCCUGAAGUGCUCUCUUGGAUGGAUGCUUAAUUGCAGUGAUGCAAAGUUUGAAGAGCGGAUGCAGUACGAUUCUAUUGGGAUUGAGGAAGUAGAAGCAGAACCGGUGUUUGACAUGAAAACUCUGUUACAGCCCAGGGAAGAAGAUGAGUCUGGUUCUGAGUGCGAUGAAGAUGCUGAUUAUGAAGAUAGUGAUGAUGACUCCUUUUGAUAAAUUAUUACCAUGGCCACUACUUUCAAGUCACAAUCUCUCCAAUGAGGCUUUACUUUUGUCAGGAAGAUGUUAUAUGUCCUCAGCAAAGUAAAAUCGGCAAAUUCUCUUGAUCGUUGAAUGCUCCAGGCCCAUAAUGCAAGACGAUUUACUACAUCAACACUCAGAGGUACAAAUUGUUAUUCAUGAUACUUUGCUGUCUAUAUGAGAGAAAGGCGUUGUCAGCAUAUGAGAGAAAGGCGGACGAAAGAAAAUUCAUUAUUCCUGCAUUUUUCAAAAAGUUGAUCACUGGUUCCACAGGAAUAAUUCAUUCCGAAGAAUAUAUAUAUUGCUCAACAUGCAUGCAUAAGUUCUCUUGCGAAACAAGAAUUUCUAAUGUGUCCUCAGUUUGAAA